GGAUCAUCUGCGAGAAGCAGACAUCGGAGGAAAAAAAAGCGAGGAUGAUAGAGACUCCGUUUCUCCGAGUUCGACGCCCGCGACCCUUUUGGUAAUGACGGACGAGAAACCCCGCCGUUCCAGUAUAACCCGCUCAGACGUUACAAUCUCAAACGUUACAAUAGAAUCUGACUCUGAGAUUUGUCUUGCAUGAUGAGCAUGACAGACUCGCACAGCGUUCCACUUUCUGCAAUACAGAUUUCGCCAGAUUGUAGUGGGGUUCGGGGCCGCUCCGGAACUUGUCAUGCGCAAUCCCAUGAGAGUUGGCUAGAUCAUGCACUCUUGCAUCACAGAUUUCCAUAUUCUAUUGUAACGUUUGAGAUUGUAACACCUGAGCGGGUUAUAUCCAGCUGCCGGCGGCUCCUUGACUCUGAGCGCCCUGGCAACGAUCUCUUGGAACCGCGGCCGGAAAAACUGCAUCGAUCUGUGGUGCUGUUUCCCAGCAGUCAAGACACGAGGAGAAAGACGAUUACCGACGGUGGCGGCCGAGACGGUGGUCUUCGGAUAGAAACGGACAAGGCCGUUGCGGGUGAAGAUGUAGUUGAAAAGCCACCCACCAGCGAUGAUCGCACGGGAACCGGAGCGGAAGAGGUGGAAAGUGUCGUGCUACCUCGGCGAGCAGCAGUACAGAAUGUAAUAAAGGACGAAGAAAGGCAAAGCAUUGUCGUUGAUGUUCUUGACGAUGAUGUACCAAUCGCACGAAGUCGCGAUGAAUUACGAAGCUUUGCGUCUCCAGCGGAGCAGAGAGAACAAGGCCUUGCGCUGCUUGCAGCACGAGGACUCCCGCUCCCCGGAAGCCGAGACACCGAUCCAGAUACGAUGAGUCAGGUAAAUGAUGAUCUUCAUCGUCGUUGUGAUCCCCAAGAACCAUUCAGUUCUGAAGCCAGGCAGGCCAACGAAUCCGAAAAGAAGGCCCGUGCCCGAGCGGACCUCCACGACGUGGGCGGGAGCAGGCAGCAACAGAUCAUAGAGCACCCCGUGCUGUCCCGGGACGACGUCGACGACUAUUUUUGCGCCAGCUUUUUGGAAAAGCAAAAGACGAAUGACUGCGCUGAGCAAUACUCCGUCGUGGCCGAGUUUCUCUCCCGGGAGCAUGCCGUGGCACAGAAAGAAUCUGUACCUUCGUCUGGCGUCGGGGUACCUUCGUGUGACGACAAAGAGAAGAAAAAGUCUUCGGCAACUACAGAAAUAAGAGCGCCGCCGGUGCCAGAACUCCCACCAAGAAAUGUCAACGAUGAUGGAGUCCACGAACAAUGGACAGAACGACUCGAACAAGAAAUUUCAGAACGGUCGCAGCUUCAUCCACCGCACCGCCCACGACAGGGGCAAUUUGUUGACGAAGUCUUAACUGGAAUCAACAAAACCGAAGCUGGUGCGCAAGCAGUCAGACGAGGAACAGGAAUAUUACCAGAUCUCCUAUCUUCCGAAAAAAUACCGAAAUAUGACUCCGACCAUCAGUGUCAGCCGGAAGCGGAACAGGUGCAGGUGCAGCAGGGCGCUGACCUAGUUUCAACAUUGAAAAUAACUGAAACUGAGAAAACCUCCACAGACCCUUUUCUAACUAAACGUAAACAGGAGAAGCCGCUAGCAGACGAUUUCGCGUUCCUUUCUACCCUGCAUUCUCCUUGCGCGCGUCGUCGCCGCUCUGUUUCAUCAUCGGACACCUUCUCAUCGACCUGGAUCCGCGAAGUUUUCGAGCCAGAACUGUACGCACUACCUAUGUAAUUGCAAAAGUUAAAGUGUCGACGCGCUAGUACGAAUCGGAAUCGCAUUUUUGCAGGUACAAGAAAAACAAAAUACGACUUGUGAAGAUUGCCAUCCAGAUUAGGUAAGAUUUGACAGCGAUUAGUACGAUCGCGGGGCAGCUUUUGCACAGGAUAGUGCGAGGAGAGUUCCAACUCGAAAGCGAUACUGCCAUGUCUACACAAGAAGACCCGACGACACAAAACUCGAAGAUGUCGCAGCUGAGAGGUCGGAACUACAGGAACGCGACAAAUUACAGCAAAGAAGUUGUGGAGAUUUUCGACGAAGAUGGAUCGGACGAAUCUUCGGAGGCCUGCUGGUGGGCAUCCGAAGAUGAUUCUUCGCCGAAAAUGCGUCGUGAACGCAGCAGCGGCAGCAGCAGUGGGUCUUCAGAAAAUCAAAAGGCUCGGCAUGUCCUCGCCCACGGGCCUGACCAAGAUGAUCACGAUGGCAACAGUGGCAAUUUCGCCGCGUCUUGCCGAGAAGCAGCACGGGAGCUGACAGAUUCUGAUUCUGUCGUAGAUGAUGACUGCUUCGCUCUACUUCCCAGCGACGAAGUCGACGCAAAAAGGAGGGGGCAUCAUCAGCUUGAUGAUCUUGAGGCGUGUUCUGGCGAGGCUGGUAGGCUUCCCAAUAUCAGGUUGGAUUUUGAUUCCAUCGCGCCGGAGCACCGCAAAAAGUUUUUUUCUGACGCGUGGAAAGAGCUCCACGACAUUUUUCAGGAGGCCACGGCAGAUAUGUCAGGAUGACUUAUCGUCAUGAUGUACGUCACUUGAAUGGUUGAUCACUACGGAUAUUUGCGAACAAAACUGUACAGGACAACUGCAAGCCGCUUAGCCUCAUUGAUGUGUCUGUCGUGCUGCUGCAUACUAUGACGCCUCGGUCCUUGCCCAGAGGUAGAGGAGAUUUCGAUUUACAGUUCUUUCAGGCAGUACCAAUGCAGAUAGAGGCUGUUGAAGAAGAUCAAGAUUCUGAUUUCGUC